AUGGCCACGCUGCAGCGGUUAGCCGGCCAGACUGCGAAGCGGCUGUGUCUGAGACCAGCCAGCGCCCUCCCCAUCCGACAGUCCUCGACCCCCUCGAUACAGUCCGCCGCGACGCGUCCGCGGGCAGCCGCAAGCUUCUCGACGACGAGCCUCCGCCGCUAUGCCCAGACACAAGACCAGCAGCCCCAGGGCACCGUCCUGAUCCCCGUCGACGAGAACUUCACGCCCUCCGCCCGCGACCCAUACCAGAUGAAGCGGCUCGAGGGCGACGAGGGCACGGGGGAGAAGGCGGGCGACGGCUCCAUAGCAGGGCGCAAGAUCCGCCACUACACCGUCAACUUCGGCCCCCAGCACCCGGCCGCCCACGGCGUGCUGCGACUGAUCCUCGAGCUCAACGGCGAGGAGAUUGUGCGCGCCGACCCCCACGUCGGCCUGCUGCACAGAGGAACAGAGAAGCUGUGCGAGUACAAGACAUACCUGCAGGCCCUGCCCUACUUUGACCGGCUGGACUACUGCUCCAUGAUGACCAACGAGCAGUGCUUCUCGCUCGCCGUCGAGAAGCUGCUGAAUGUGGAGGUGCCGGAGCGUGCGAAAUGGAUCCGGACCAUGUUUGGAGAGAUCACCCGUAUCCUGAACCACCUCAUGUCGGUUUUGUCACACGCUAUGGAUGUCGGUGCUCUCACGCCCUUCCUGUGGGGUUUCGAGGAGCGAGAGAAGCUUAUGGUGAGUAGCAGCUGGAUUGAUGCUAUCUCGGUCUAUGAAAAAUCAACGCAUGAGUUGAAUUCUAUGAGCGUGUCUCUGGCGCCCGUCUUCACGCCGCAUACGUCCGACCUGGUGGUGUCUCCCAAAGAUAUUCCCGUCGGCCUACUCGAUGACAUCUACCAAUGGGCCACCCAAUUCAGCGACCGUAUCGAUGAAACCGAAGAGAUGCUGACGGACAACCGUAUCUGGAUCGACCGUCUCCGCGGUGUCGGUGUCGUUUCUGCCGCCGAUGCUCUCAACCUCUCCUUCUCUGGUGUCAUGCUCCGAGGAUCCGGAGUCCCGUGGGACGUCCGCAAGUCGUCCCCCUAUGACGCCUAUGACCAAGUCGAGUUCGAUGUGCCAGUCGGUGUCAAUGGCGACUGCUACGACAGAUACCUCUGCCGAAUAGAGGAGUUCCGCCAGUCCCUCCGCAUCAUCCACCAGUGCCUCAACAAGAUGCCCCCCGGCCCCAUCAAGAUCGAGGACUACAAGAUCGCCCCUCCUCCGCGUGCCGCCAUGAAGGAGAACAUGGAGGCCCUUAUCCACCACUUCCUGCUGUACACCAAGGGAUACGCAGUCCCACCAGGCGACACGUACUCAGCCAUCGAGGCACCAAAGGGCGAGAUGGGCGUGUACAUUGUCAGUGACGGCAGCGAGCGGCCCUACCGUGUGCACGUCCGUGCCCCUGGCUUUGCUCACUUGGGUGGCUUCGACGCGGUCGCCAAGGGCCACUUGCUGGCUGACGCAGUGGCGAUUAUCGGAACAAUGGAUCUGGUGUUUGGUGAGGUCGAUCGGUAG